AUGGAUCUUCGUAAAAUACGUUCAGAAAAAGAUAGGUUCCAAGCUAUCUGCUCUAGUCCUAUGGUGGACUCUCGACCUCGAAGGCUAAGUUAUUCAAAGUCUUUUAGUGAAGGUGUCAUCUCGUCGCCUCUCCCGCAUAAUAAUCAAUCGUCGAUUCUCUUUGUUGGAAACAAACCACAACGACCCAUCUGUUGGGGUUCACAGUUAAAAACCACAACACCUAUUACCAAGUACGAGAAACAAAGAGUUAAGAAAAAAUGUUCGUCUGCUUCAGAAGAAAAAGAGAAUAUCAAACCAUCGAAUAACGAUAUCGUAACAACUACUCCUGUAUCAAAAGAAGUUUUUGAUGAUGUUUCAAACUCUUCCGCCCAUGAUCCAUGCUCUGUCUCUGAAUUUCGUGUGCUUGCGGACAUGGAAACAGCGCGACUACUUGCGUUAUGCGGAGAUUGGAAUUGUGUUCUAUCCGAGGAAUGUGAUAAUAUCCCAGAAAAAGCACUUGACUCAAUCAGGGCAACCGUUGGAAAAUGUCAAUUAUUGUUGCAAAAAAAGUUGCCAUUUUUCAAAAGCCUUAUUGAAAUGGCAGAAACAAGCAUUGGAAAAUCUGACACACUGUCGAAUAGUGCAACAGCACCAGAAGCCACUAUAAAUGAUCUCUUAGGUUAUUGGACCUUAGUAGCUGAUGAAAUCAGUUUAUCCGAUAGUGCUUUCGAACGUCUACGUGUUUGGCGUGAUGAGUUACAUUGGUCAAUUGAUCAGUGUCCUGUUACCCCAGCCAGGUCACAAAUUGUUAAACGACGUGGUCGUCUAUCUAAACAAAUAAAACGCUUACCAACUCCAAAGAGUAAUAAAUCCAGAAAGUCUCAAUCUGUCAGUGAUGAAGUUUUUAAUACGGAUAGUGUAAAUCCCUCUCUUUCAAAAAAGCUAGGUUCAACUGUUAAAGCAACCAAGGGUGUACAGAAAAAACCGGCGAAGUCUAGAUUUGCUGAAUUUCUGCGAGCUAAAAAGGCACUAACAGUGGAAGAUAAAUUCAGAACACUUGUAUUUACCCUACUACUGUGGAAUCAAUCUGAAAUAGUUUAUUUUGGCUGAUUAAUGAAAUCGUCAUUUCCAUAUCAAAGAAUCUCUUUAUCCAUUGAUGAGUCGGUUUUCGUAAUGCGUCAUUCCAUGAUUUACUACUGUAUCAAAUGAAUCCAUAGUUUUGAUAAGCCUUUCAUCUGCGUGGAUUUUAGUUUUACAACUUCAAUGUUUCCCAAUCAGAAUUUACAAAUGAUUGACCAUUGAGCCAUGAUGACUUGCCUGGUGGAACCCAUUAUCGAUAAGAGUUUUUCUUAAGAGGUUGAAUUCGUCAUCUGUGGCAUCGGUGAAUGCAAAUUCUUUGUAUUCGUAUAGCAAAAGAUGAUUAAAGUUUUUCUUUCCUUCUCAACUUUGCGAUUAACUUCAUUAACUGAG